AAGUAUGUUUUGUUCAAAACAAAAAGUUAAAUGAAUAAAGUUAAGAAAAAUUACUGAAAAUUAGAAUGGGACAGAAUUUGGUGUCACCGCAGACGCUUCAUAUGUGUGUUUUAUUAUGUUGAAUAAGUGCUCAUACGUUAGUUUUACUCUUGCAAGGAAGGUAUACUGAAUAGAAAAAUCUUGCUGAAUAUUGUUUUCCUCCUUAAAGAGUUAUUGACAUAAACAGAUAAAGAAAAAUCCUGAAAACGUAAUGUGGAAAAGAGCACUGACAUGUUUUCGUCAACAGCUUCAUCUUCGACAAAAUGUGAACUGCCCUAAAAAUGUUAAUUUUAUAAAGCCAUCAUUUCGACACUAUUGUGAAGAGAGGAUCUAUACUGAGAAAAGUUUGAACCAGGCCAUGCUUCUUGGUAGGGUUGGCAUUGAUCCACAAUUGAGAGGGACGGACACUAAUCCUGUGGUCGUGUUUACACUUGCUACAAAUACAAAUUACAAAUUUGAAACUGGUGAAAUUCAGCAAAAAACUCAGUGGCACAGGAUCAGUGUUUUCAAGCCAUACUUAAGGAAUACUGUGUAUCAGUAUUUAAAAAAAGGAGUUCGUGUCUACGUGCAGGGACGUAUCAUGUACGGUGAAAUUAUUGACCAACGGGGCAACCAACACGUGACAACAACAAUUGUAGCAGAUGAUGUGAUCUUUCUGGGGAGCACGAAUAAAACUGUAGAAAGUGAAGUUGAGUAAACUUCGAAGGUUUCUUGAUGGAUCAAUAAAUCAACUUGAACUGCUCUCUUAAAAAGUAAUGUUCUCUCUGUAUAUAACAGUUCACCCCUUUUGAAUGACAUUUGUUAUUUUCUGUGUUUUUUUUUUAAAUAACUGAUGAGCAAAAUGAAUGUGUUGAUGUUUUAGGAAUGUAAACAUCAUGUGAUAAAUAGUUCAUCACAUCAAUAAAGUUUGUUAUUCCAAUA